AUGGCCAAGUCUCAACAGGGCACGUCCACCAGCGACAGGACGAUCCUCCUCGGGGUCUUCGUCGCCUGGAAAGCCUUCCUCCUCGCCAUCGCCCUGGGCAGCUCCACUACCCCAUCAUAUGACACCUCCACGUCUCUAGCGCUCAACCUCCCACCCGACCAUGUCGCCGCCGCCGCCGCCUCCUCAGCUUCCCUCCUCCCACCUUCGCCGAGCUUAACUGACAUCAUCGCAGCCCGACUCACCCGCUGGGACGCCAUCUACUUCACCCAGUCGGCGAACCGCGGCUACGUCUUCGAGCAAGAGUGGGCCUUCGGCGCUGGCCUGCCCUUCCUAGUGUCCAGGGUCGUCCUCCCGUUGGCAUCUCGCCUCGGCCUAGGGCCCCAUGGGCAGCUCACCGUGAAGUCGGCGGCCCUAGCUGCCAUCGCCGUGUCUCAUUUGAGUCACCUACUCACAGUGUUCCUCCUCUAUUCCCUAGUCCGACGCCUCCUCCCCGGCCGCGGGAACCUUGCUCUGACUACAAGCUUACUACACGUACUAUCCCCAGCCGGCCUCUUCCUCUCCGCACCCUACGCCGAGUCCCUUUUCGCCUGUCUCUCGUUCGCGGGCUACCUCGUCUAUGUGUCAUCGGAGGGAGGAUCUGCGGUCCGCCAUGGUCUGGGCCUAAUUAUCUCGGGCGCCUUGCUCGGCCUCGCCACAACAUGUAGAACCAACGGCAUCCUCAACGGCAUCAUCUUCGUCGUCGAGCUACUAGCCACCCUUCACGUGUUUGCGCGCUCGCCGCGGCUUACCAACGCUUUUACCGUGACUUCUACCAUCGUCGGCGGGGUCCUCGUCGGGCUGGGGAGUGUGGCACCCCAGAUCGUCGCUUAUUUGCGCUACUGUUCCGAAGCAUCCGGCGACGGCGGGCUGAAGAGACCCUGGUGCACGAAGCUGGUCCCUAGCAUCUAUGACUUUGUGCAAGAACAGUACUGGAAUUGCGGCUUCCUCCGUUACUGGACCCUGGGAAACCUCCCACUCUUCCUUCUAGCUCUGCCCAUGCUUGGUCUCAUGCUCACCUCUUCCUACACCACCAUUGUGCCCAUGAUACCAUCCGUCAUCACCGAUCUGCGAUCCACUACACCCUCUACCCGUCUCCUCUUGUCCUUAUCUGUCGGCCAGGGUCUGCUCGCCCUACUGGCCUUCACAAACUAUCACGUCCAGGUCAUCACGCGCCUCGCUUCUGCCUACCCUAUAUGGUACAUCUGGGUAGCUCGCUCCCUCCAGAGCAAAUCCCGCAGUAGCCCCCCCCGCAACAUUGUUAUGUACAUGGUCCUCUACGCCUCCGUUCAAGGUGUCCUCUUCGCGUCCUUCUUACCUCCAGCUUAA